AUAAAAAUAUUUGCGGUUCAUGAAGAAGGUGAUUAAAAAAAAUAAAAAUAAAAUAGAAAAAACUAUUUUUGCAUUGUUCAGUGAGUUAGUGCAUCAAUCUUGAAUCUACCCACAUUUUUAUCAAAUAUUAUCCGGAAGUGUAACACGUAAUUUUUCAGAAUGGACGUUUUAUUAACUCUUUUCUAUAUCCUUUUCUCGAUUUGCGUGGUUUAUCCGCCUACUGAGUUCAUUUCCGCUGGUUUUACGAUACCACAGCUUUUGGAUAGCUAUUUAGGGUCGGAAAAUGUGAACUUUAUCGGGUACCACAUGAAAAGGAUUUCUAUAACCGCGUUAAUACACUCUGCAUUGCCCCUGGGGUACACCUUGACUCUCUGGUGCGGCGGCGAGCGUGGGCAAUGGAUGCCGUGCUUCAUAAUCGGAACAGGAAUUAUACAUAUGCUCAUGAUGUACAAAAUAGCACAAUGGUGGGAAAAUGACAGAAGAAAUCAUCCUGUUGUUAAAGCGAUGCUACCUUACGUACCACCCGGUUUUGAUUGGCGGAUUCUAGCUUCAAACUUCAACGUCGAAUAUCGAGGUGUGGACAAGGUAUCCAUUCAGUUGAAUGCGACCAGUAAGUUCAUAGCAACUCAGACAUGGCUCGUCAAAGUGGGGCAGUAUGGCAUUGAUCUGGUCAAGCAGAGUGAUUGCGCGCUGGUUGCCACCGCAACAGAUAGCCACAAUAUUUCACCAUCAGGGGAGGAUGAAGUGCAGUAUGUGAACAUUGAAGCCAUACCAUCCCGGGACAGCAUCAAAAGGUUCUCAUUCAGGAUCUCCACCACAGCCUUAAGAGAGCUACAACCAAGGUUGGAGCGUCCAGUGCGAGUGCCGGACCAUAUAUCCUUGCUGCCAACCCUGAUAGAGAGAUUUGUGACUAUUUUCAAACAAUAUGUGGACCAGAACCCUGUUUAUUUUGUUGAUCAGGAAUUGGAAGUGUGCAUCGGGUGCAUGCAGAACACGGCUAACGUGAAACUGGACAAGCGCUGCCCGCCGCCGCCGCCCGGCCUCGAGCAAAAUGUAGCGCCGUGCCAGCAGUGCAAUUGCAGGGUGCUGUGGUGCUGCGCGUGCAUGGGGCGCUGGUGGGCGGCGCGCGCGGCCGGCGCGCCCGCCGCCUGGCUCGCGCAGCGCGGCUCGUGCCCCGUCUGCCGCGCCACCUUCUGCCUGCUGGACGUGUGCCCCGCGCAGCUGCGCCAGUCUUGACUGAGGCAACCUGCCCUCCUGUGCCCGCGAACUCUACUUAGUGUUACGCGUCGUCUUAAACCAGUGCUCAGUGUGACUACUCGCUAUCAAACCAAAAUAAACUCACAACAUUUUUUAUAAUUUUUAUGAUAGUGUUUUUACUUAUACUUAAGGAAAUUUCUAAAUAAUUUUUAAGAUAAGCAAAAAUUGCGUUGUUUUCUAAAUAUAUUUAGAAACUCGCCAAUCACACAAAUAAAACGCAAAAAUAUCGUGCGCCAAUCUGGACUGCCGCGAUACUUCCGUACUCGCAAUCUCUUCAAUCACUUCCGCGUCUUCUAAAACCAAAACUUCCCUUUAUCAUCUUAAAAAGUCCCUUUCCCGUGGACAGUCCGUGCGCAAAUAUCGUGAUAAACUACUCCGGGCAGGCGGCUUAGGCCCUGUCUGCCGGGUUAACUUCUGGUCGACGUGUUGCCCUAUACUGCGCCCACAUGCACCUGGUUUUUCGUGCCCGCGAUCCCUUGACUUUACUAAAUUAGUGCUCAAAGCGUGAUUAAUCGUUGACAAACCAAACUUCCCUUUGCUAUUUUAAAAUGUCCCUUUCUCAUGAACGAUUCUUGCACAAGCAAAUAUCGUGAUAAACUACUUAUUCCGUGCAGUCAGGCUCGCGGCUCGUGCCCCGCCCGACAACGCCAACCUUGACUGUGACUAAAAAGAUCUAGAAUAAUUAGGUACCGUUCUAUUCCCUAAAAAAGGGCUUUGAAUAUUUUGCCCGCCAUUUUAUAUAGUCUAACACCAUUGCAACUUUAAUAGCUUAUAAAUCUCGAAAACGUGACACUUGAUUUUGUUGCUUACAUUACUUAUUUGUGCUAUAGAUGCCAGUUAUUGAUUAAUACAGGUUUAUGAGUGGAAAAAUAAUUUAAAAGUUGUAGGUACUUAAAUUUUCAAAGCCCUUGUAAAAGGGAUUUACCUCAUGACUUAUUACUUUUACCAAAGGAUAAGAAAAUAAGAAUAUAUUUUGAUAGAUAAAAUCUCUCCUGUCUAACAAAGCAGUGAAUCUAAAAUAAGUUAACUGCACUUGUAUCAUUCCUGCUAUGUUAUAGGUAGAAAAAAUAUGUGAUAAUAACAAAAAAAAGUAUGAAA